AUGACGGUGUUUCACUUCUUCAACUGUGCGAUUCUGACGUUUGGCCCUCACGCCGUCUACUACUCGGCCACCCCCCUAUCGGAGUACGAUACACUUGGGACCUCUGUCAAAGCAGCUCUUGUUUAUCUGGGAACAGCUUUAGUGAAGCUCGUUUGUCUGGCCACUUUUCUGAAGGUAUCCGACAAUGAAAGCUUCGAUCCAUAUCAGGAAUUUUUGAAAGCUCUUAUUGGUUUUAUAGACGUUGCUGGGCUUUACUUUGCUUUGACUCAGUUGACCCACAGGAAUAUCUCUCAAAAUCAUAAAUUCCAAGCAGUGGGACUUGGAUGGGCUUUUGCUGAUUCCGUUCUCCAUAGAUUGGCACCGCUGUGGGUGGGUGCUAGAGGACUAGAAUUUACCUGGGAUUACAUUCUUCAAGGCCUUGAAGCAAAUGCCAAUCUGGUCUUGAGCAUCUCCCUUGCUGCAUUGGGCUCUUUGAUGUGGCUGCGGAAAAACAAGCCUAAGACGCUGAUUCCUAUAAUAUACACCUGUGCAGGGAUCGUGGCAACCAUGCCAUCUAUCACAAGUGCUGGUCUUGUUCAUCAAUUGUCAAAUGUAACAACUAGGCUAUCUGAGGCGAGGCCUGGGUUGGCACUUUCCAGAGGUUGUAGGGUUUCAACUCUUUACCUCUCUGGUCAUGGCCUUCAUCAGUUGGCAGCUCUUUGCUGCAUGUCAGAGACCUUCUGCCUGAAGCAACCAAUCAUAAGCCCCAACACUGGACUAUCAGUCAGCGAAGGUCUUGUGGAUCAGAAUAUCCUCCAUUCUCCUUCGUCUGGUUACCAUGUGGUUUCAUUUUUUCAGAUCAUUGAUAUGUAG